AUGGCGGAGGCAGUCAAUCUCCAGCCAAACCCCCAAGAAGCAGACCAGAGCUGUCCAGAGCAGUUUUCCUACACCGAAAGAUACGAAUAUCUACCCGGUGCCCGCCAACAUACACAACUACGCAGUUAUAAAUCGGAAAAAGCAACAAACUCUCCUCUGGUUAUGGAUGCGCGGAAGUUUAUCACGGGACUUGGGGAACGCCGAGCUUGUGGCGGAUGA